AAUAUAAAGAUUACUUAUAAUUAUCUCUGAAAUUAACUUAUACUUGUGUAUAGACGUUACUCCUAAAAUCUUUUGUAUAUAUGCCUGACAAAUCCGUGAAGCAUAACUUACAUAACAAUGGAGUUUCCACUUAGCACUCUCACAAACAUUCCUGCAAUUCACAGAGUUUUACUACUCACCAUAGUGAUCUUAACGGCAUUAGGUAACGUUAACGGUCGUCAUAAAGUACACAAAUGGGAAACCGUUGAGUACUCUGCUAUUAGUUGCAGAACACACACUGCAUCAUUAACGGAUUUCGGUGGAGUUGGUGAUGGAAAAACGUUAAAUACUAACGCUUUUAAGACAGCCGUUGAUCAUUUGAGUCAGUUUCAAUCGGACGGUGGUUCGUUGUUGUAUGUACCUGCUGGAAAAUGGUUGACGGGAAGUUUUAAUUUAACGAGCCAUUUUACUCUGUUUCUUGAUAAAGAUGCUGUUCUUCUUGCCUCUCAGGAUGAAAAAGAUUAUUCAGUGAUUGCACCUUUACCAUCCUAUGGUCGAGGAAGAGAUACAGACGGUGGUAGAUUCGUUAGUCUUAUUUUUGGAACCAACCUUACUGAUGUUGUCAUCACAGGUGAAAAUGGAACCAUUGAUGGCCAAGGGCAGCUAUGGUGGGACAAGUUCCACAAGGAAGAACUAAAAUUUACAAGGCCUUAUCUGAUAGAAAUCAUGUACUCUGAUAAAAUUCAAAUCUCCAGUCUUACAUUGAUCAAUUCUCCUUCAUGGAAUGUGCAUCCUGUAUACUGCAGCAACAUUAUCAUCCAAGGCAUCACUAUCCUUGCACCAGUCAGAUCUCCAAAUACUGAUGGAAUUAACCCUGAUUCUUGCAUAAAUACUAGAAUAGAAGACUGUUACAUCGUCUCCGGAGACGAUUGCAUUGCUGUUAAGAGUGGCUGGGACGAGUACGGGGUCGCCUUUGGGAUGCCAACAAAGCAACUCGCAAUAAGGCGAAUCACCUGCAUUUCUCCAACUAGUGCUACAAUUGCACUAGGUAGCGAAAUGUCAGGAGGAAUUCAAGAUGUUAGAGCAGAGGACAUUACAGCGAUCGAUACAGAAUCAGGGGUUCGAAUCAAGACAGCAGUAGGAAGAGGUGGAUACGUGAAGGAUAUAUACGUUAAAGGUGUGACAAUGAAAACCAUGAAAUACGUAUUCUGGAUGACAGGAGAUUAUGGUUCUCACCCGGACAACAAUUAUGAUCCGAACGCGUUACCUGUGAUUGAAAACAUCAAUUACCGCGAUAUGGUUGCUGAGAAUGUGACCAUUGCUGCUAAGCUUUCUGGAAUUUCUGGUGAUCCGUUUACUGGAAUCUGCCUAUCAAAUGUCACGAUAGAGAUGGCGCCUAAAGCAAAAAAACUUUUCUGGAAUUGUACAGAUAUUUCAGGGAUUUCAAGUGGUGUGGUACCUCAGCCUUGUGAUUUAUUGCCAGACCAAGGGAAGGAGGACGCCGCUCCCUGUAAUUUUCCGACAGAGAGCUUACCAAUUGAUGAUAUGGAAAUUCGUACGUGUUCCUGCAGGAAGAAAAUAUAUUAAAAACAUCAAUGUAUAAGAAUGUCUUAAUCGGUUAAAUUGUUCUGUUACUUCACCCACCUGAACUGUCCAUGAAUAUACACUGGCAAUUCCGUUUUCACUUUGUGAACGAGCCACGCUAAUAUUUGUAACUGUUACAUAUUUGUGAUUAUGCUAUCAGUUAUUGCAACCAAAAUUUCAAAUAAAAGUAUAGCAAGAAGAUUGCUGGUGAA